UACUUUUUUUUUUAUUUUAAUUAAGAUAAAAACUCGAGCUGUAUCUGUUAAACAAAUGUCAAUGUCAACACCAGUUCAAUUAUUAUUAUUUGCUUCUGAUCAAGUUGAUGUUGUUGAAUCGAAUCUUAUUUGUCUUAAUAAUUGGUUUGUAUUUAUACCUGAUCUAAAAUAUUUAUUUUUAAUUUAA